GGAUUGAACCCCGGUCCUCAGAACUGUGAGUCAGACGCUCUAAGCAGUCAUUCACCGUGCCUCCGGGUAUAUUUAUCUAGAUUAUAAACAGACAACACCCACUGAGUUAGUGAAGCUACUGGGCCAAACGUUCAAAAGAAAACGGUGCUCUUAUGUAUCUAAACAACAUGUGGAAGUUUAGGUAAAUGCAUGUCUUCUCUCUUCCGUAAUAAUAUUCCUAAUACUGGAUUCGCACGUCAUCCAUAAUAAAGUAUAUCUCAUAAUUAAAUAAUAAUGAAGUGGUAACCAAAUGUAUUUAUUGUCUGUGAAAUGUGGCUGGGUAAAAUACUGUACUGCAUUGGAAAAACAACCCAUCAGUCAACAUGAAAUUUCCAUUCAUCCACUUUCUGUACGCUUAUGUCCUCAUUAAUGUCGCGGUUGAACUGGAGCUGAUCCCAGCUGACACUUAGGGCAAGUGUUCACCCUGUUCGAGACCACUCUUUGGUGCCCACCCAACACCAAUACACCCCACCACACAAACACACACACACACACACACACACACACACGCUGAUGAAAACACUGAAGUGGACCUUAAAAAACACAACUCUUGCAUUGCACAACAGGAACCUUAUUUUAAUAAUAGGAUUUAUGAGCUGUGGAGGUAGAUGGAUAUGCAUCAUCUUCAGUGACAGAAAAAAUAUUUAAAGAACGCUCCUGAUGUUUCAUUCAAAUACAAUAUGAUUUUCACGUGAAACAUGCAUGGACUGAGCAUGUAAAUUACCACGUUGUUAUGUGUUAUUAAUUCAACUAUCAAUACAGGAAUAGUGUCAAUAAACAGUAAAACAAAGGGCCCGUUUAAAUGCACAUUGAGUACUUUUACUGUUAAACUUUAAGUAGACCUACACACUACUACUGACAUUUUUCUGAGAAUAUUAAUUUGCCGUUGCUUUGAAUUAAUGUCAAUUCAUUUGAACCCAAAAAGGUAAAGAACAUUCCAACUUGGAUUUGUCAAUUGCCAAGCAAUAACGAGACCUCUAUCGCUGAUUAUAGCUUUUGAUUUUAAUUAACCACAUACACAUAUGGCCAUGUGACACUCUCAGUCAGUUUCUACCAACAACUAGCUAACCUUGGCUCCUCACCAAGUACAGAGAAUCUCGAACAAUGAAAAUAUCAUACUUCCGUUGACAUCAUUAACAAACCCUUACAUUGACUCUGCAAGGGGAUGCAAAUUCUCCAUACAUACUCUAACGUUUAUUUUAUGUCAUGAUUCCAAUAGAAAACUAUUUAAUGUAGCAUUAUUUUGGUGGUGAUGGGUGGGGGGGUGCUGCUGCCCUGUGCGGCAGCACAUAUUGCACAUACCAGAAACUACCAAAGCAAACUACUACUCACACAAUGAACAAUUUAAUUUAUAGUCUUCAAUAAAUCUAACAUGAGGCAGAUGUGCUAAGCAAUUAGCUACUGUGCUACCGCAUUCAAAAUAACUUAAAAAUCCCAAAAGUAUGCAGUAGGUGUUGGACAGCUACCACCCCCAAAUAUUUACACUGAUCAAAAUGAUCAGCAUUAAUAAAUAAUAAGCGUAAGGAUAGUGCAAAACUACAAUCGGACCUCAUUGGUUAAUGACGACGUCAAUCAAUGACGUCAGAAUGCUCUCCUGACCAAUCGGUACCGUUUUUGGAGAGGAUGCCGAACAGGCUCGGGCCCCAUCUGGGCGAAGCACAACGAUUCAGUUUAGGUCGAUAGCUGUGCUUAUGUGAAGCUUAUGGUUUAGUUGAACGGAUUUCUGCGAAGACAGGUGGUUUGCGGAGAAUAGUAGCACUCCCGUUGCGGAUUGUAGUUAAUUACGGCUCGUUUCGAGGCCGUGGCAUGGACGAAGUACGGCCUAGCAGCGGUGCCCAAGCGCACGGGCUAUCGUCGCUGUUUCCCCCAGGACUGCAGGCUAUCUACGGGGAAUGUCGGCGACUUUAUCCCGAUCAGGCAAACCCGCUUCAAGUUACAGCCAUUGUAAAAUAUUGGUUAGGUGGUCCAGACCCGUUAGACUACAUUAGUAUGUAUCGAAAUAUGGGCUGUUCAGCUCAGGACGUCCAAGAGCAUUGGCACUAUGUCAGUUUUGGCCUAAGCGACCUGUAUGGAGACAACAGGGUCCACGAAUUCACAGGAAUAGACAAACCCAGCGGCUUUGGCUUCGAGCUCACCUUUAGGCUGAAAAGAGAGAUGGGGGAGACUGCCCCACCGACUUGGCCCGCUGAACUCAUGCAAGGGUUGGCUCGCUACGUUUUCCAGUCAGAAAACACAUUUUGUAGUGGUGACCACAUAUCAUGGCACAAUCCGCUGGACAACAGCGAGUCUCGCAUCCAGCAUAUGUUGCUCACAGAGGACCCUCAAAUGCAUCCCAUUCAAACGCCUUUUGGCACUGUCAGCUUCUUGCAGAUUGUUGGCGUUUGUACAGAGGAGUUGCAGGCAGCACAGCAAUGGAAUGGCCAAGGCAUCCUGGAACUGAUGCGAGGGGUUGGAAUAGCCGGCGGUCCCUGGCUGAUCACAGACAUGAGGAGAGGGGAAACCAUCUUUGACAUCGAUCCACACCUACAACAGGAGAGAGUGGACCACGGCAUCGAGACAGAGGGCUCCAACCUGAGCGGGGUGAGCGCCAAGUGCGUGUGGGACGACCUGAGUCGACCGCCCGACGACGAGGAGGACAGUCGAUCCAUCUGCAUUGGCUCACAGCCUCGCAGACUCUCCGAUAAAGACACGGAACAGAUCAGGGAGACCUUAAGGAAAGGCCUGGAGUUUAACACCAAGGCAGCACUGCCCCCCAUCAGCAGCCAGAGACAUGACAGAUCUCAAAGUCGAAAGGACAGUUUGGAAAGCGAGAGCUCAACGGCUAUCGUUCCUCACGAGUUAGUCCGAACGCGACAGUUGGAAAGUGUCCAUUUGAAAUUUAACCAAGAAUCCGGCACGCUGCUUCCCCUCUGCUUACGGGGCCGCUUGCUGCACGGCAGACAUUUUACUUUCAAAAGUAUCAAUGGCGACACGGCCAUUACGUUUGUGUCAACGGGGGUGGAGGGAGCCUUUGCUACUGAGGAGCAUCCAUACGCAGCACAUGGGCCCUGGCUUCAGAUAUUGUUGACUGAAGAGUUUGUGGAUCAGAUGCUCGGGGAUUUACACGAUCUUAACACCCGUGAGGAUACAAAACUACCAAAGGAGUACAGUUGGCCAGAGAAGAAGCUGACGAUCUCCGUUCUACCAGACUCUGUGUUUGAUAAUCCUCUGCAAUGAGGCAGAGAUGCUUAAUCACUACAAACAAAACAAAAAACACAAUGUCAAAACCUGCACAUCCACAUGCUCAGAGGACACAGUGACGUUGAGGUGUCCUCGCUAAAGAAACGUGAACUCCAAAAGACUAUCAGGCGAUCUGGGCCGCUCAGUCUCAGGUCCAAAUUAGAAACGGUGGUCGCGCAUACAGUCGUCACGUCACAAGCAAUAACUUGUGUUCUAUUUAUUCCAGUGGACACAUUAAAGAGGGAAAAAAAACUCAGCUACUGAUCAAUUUAAAAAAAUGUUUUAUUUGAUAUUGCCUUGAUGUGUACAUUUAACAAAUGCUGGACAUUUUUCCUGUUAUGAUGCCAAAGUAAUGUCUGUCAUUCAAUGCCAAUGUUUUUGACUCAGUGACAUAAUCCAACUUUUCAACUAUUUCUUUCUUGUAUAUCUGACUAAUGCUGCAGAUACAUGCCCCCCCUGUGCCAAGAUUAUGCAUCACAGGGGUGGGGAGCCUUUUUCUUAUCAAGGGCCAUUUGAUUUUUUUAAAUCUAUAUAUUUCUUUUGAAUAAAGUCCUCCCAAGGACCAUCCUAAAUGUACAAAAUAUAAGCAUUUCCUCUGAGGUUUGAUUUGUUUUGAGCCUUGCCAGAUCAAACUGUUUAUGGCCAUAGGUUCCUCAUCUUGUUACAUAGAGCCAGUUCUGUUUAUAAUGUCUCCAUUGACUUAUUUUGUAAUAACUGGUCUAUUUUAGUGUUUUAAAAUGGCAAUCUCUCCAGCGUUAUCUGUAGGGGCCAGUGGAGAUGAAAAGGUUUGGAUUUUUUGUGUUGUCGUUUGUAUCAGCAGUUUGACAAUGAAUUAGAGUAAAACUCCUCAGUGCCUCGAGUUGAAAAGGACCACACACACUAAACUAUGUUGACUUAGUCAUCGUUAAUUGUUACAGCAUCAUAAACUGCUUGGAUUUUAAUAUCAAUACCACCAAAACUGAAAAGACUAAUUUUACUACAUUGUCUUUUUAGAAUGUUUACUGUUACACUAUACUGUAUGUAAUGACAUGAUAUAUAUAUUUUUUGUCAGUCUUUUUUAUUGAGUGGUACAUUUUAGAUAACAUGGUUUUGUUAUUUGCCAUUUUAUUGGACUGAAUUUGCCGAUUAUAAUCCCAAAUGCAGAGUAGGUAUUUACACAAAUAAAGAUGGAACACUAAUUAACAA